AUGAGCCGCCCGAAGUUUCCACAGUUUGUCGCGUGUGCGAUCGGCCUCGUUAUCUACGAAGUAAAUAAACAGCGUCAGCAGCGGCGAAUGACACUGGCUGCGCAACUCAAGGACUGGUUCCGCGUCUUGCAUAUUGAGCCCCGGGUAGGGGCAUCCGAAGAGUUCAUUCAGCGUGUUUUGGGAGAGUAUGGCGCUAGUGUCAAUCUGGGAUGGGCGGACGUCUUCAUCCGCAUCAUCUUCGACCCUCCCACCGUCACCAAUCUCCACAACUUCAGCCGCUUCAACAUCUUCAUCCACCGCGUCGAUAGCGCUCUCAACAUCAUCAGCAUCAACAUCUUCCAGCAGUCUAGAUUCAAUAGCAUGUACGACAACCGCGUCCUCGCCAACAAACGAUUGAACACCAUCAGGACUCACAUACCUUCAGUCUGUCUGCAUGCCGCUGGGUCGCUUGGACGUCCAUCCGACUCCGCGAAGCUGACGCCACAAAUGGCUGAAGUCGAUGUCUCGAGCCACUGCGGCUACGGCGUGCUCAAUCAGAAUCCCCCAAGUCUCCUCACCAUGGCCACGGAGCUCGUCACGUACGUCUCGAAGCUGCUACCGGGCUCGGCCCUGCCUGAUCUGUCCGCAGACAUUAAGAAGAAGGACUUUGCUCCUGUCGUUGUGGCCGUACAGCCCAAACUGCCGCAGCUGUUGGCUCUAGAGGCCGAGACUGACGUGGAGGGCGCCUUCGCCCUUCUGUUCGACGUGGUCCUGCAAGUUCCUAACGCUCAGGGCGAGGUGCUCAAGAUCCUGCAGGUUAUUAAGGAUGACACCAAGGCCAGCGCUGUCCUGCGUCUACGUGUGACCGCGGCCCUCUUCAAUAAGGCCAGGACGCUGCCUAAGGUGCAGCUUCAAGCUCUACUGAACGUUUUGGACCUGGCCCGGAGCUCCAACAACAUUGGUCUCGUGGCGCCUUACUUGACGCAAGUGGAUACACUGCUGGUCACACACACACUCAAUGUGGAGGACCGUCGCGUGCUUCUAUUGGCCGUGGCCAACGUACUAGACCAGGCUGGUGACAAGCUCAAGGUGCUGGCCGUAUUGGAGCAGUACCUGGCCACAUACGAGCAGGGACAGGUGGCCAAGGAGCAGGCCAAGCGGGCCGCUCAGAUCGUGUUGCAGAACCCCGUGGCCAGCUUCCUGGCCCGCGUAGACUUGGCGGCUAACUCUGUGGUUCAGGCCUCGCUUAAGGGCGACAAGGCUCUUGAGCUGCUGGAGAUCGUGUCUACCAAGACACUCAAGGAGUAUGUGGCCUUCCAAAAGAACGCAGCCGCUGUCUAUAAGGACAAUGGCCUGGUCGAGGCCGAGCUGGCCGACACGAUGCGGCUGUUCACACUGUGCACUCUGCCCACAGGCUUCCAGGCCAUCCCGUACGCUGACGUGGCCGCCGCUGUGGACGUGGCCGAACAGGACGUGGAGGAGUGGAUCGUGCGGGCCAUCACGGCCGGCGUCGUGAACGCCAAGAUCGACCAGCUCGCCCGUACUGUGACCAUCUCUCGGUCGCUUGAGCGCCGUUUCGGUGCCGAGCAGUGGAAGGAGAUCGACGUCAAGUUGCAGCUGUACAAGAAGAAUGUCGGUGGCCUGCUCGAUAUUAUCAGGAACGCGCGACGUGCUCAGGAGCAGCAGUGA